GUCUUACCGACCCUUCUUUAACGCCAAGCGAAGCCGUCGCGUUUCUCUUCUUUCUCUCGCUCUCUCGUUGUUUCCGUCUCCUUCCCCUCUUCUGGAUCAGGGGAAGUGUUCGUGCUGCACAUGUGAUGGAUGAUGACGGUACCAAUGAAUAGCUCAUCUGCUCCCUCGUCAAGGGAGCGUGUACAGAGUCUUUACAACAAGAAUAUUGAAUUGGAGAAUGGAUUGAGGAAGUCAGCAAAGUCAAAAGUCCCUUCAGAUCCCAAUGCAUGGCUUCAAAUGCGUGAAAACUACGAGGCAAUAAUUCUUGAAGAUCAUGAAUUCUCUGAAAAACAUGAGAUAGAGUAUGCUUUAUGGCAGUUACACUACAGGAGGAUUGAGGAGUUCCGAGCACACAUUAAUGCCGCAGCAUCCUCAGGAGGAGUAACCACAUUACAAGUUAAAAGUCCUGUUCAGCCUGAUCGAAUAAAGAAAAUACGUGCUAUUUUUAAAGGUUUUCUUUUAGAGGCAACUGGAUUUUAUCAUGAUUUAAUACUUAAGAUCAGAACAAAAUAUGGCUUGCCUCUGGAUUAUUUUUCUGAUGCUCCUGAGAGCCAAAUUACACUGGAAAAAGAUGAAAAAAACUCUUUUGAGAUAAAGAAAGGGCUGAUCUCUUGUCACCGCUGUCUGAUAUAUUUGGGUGAUCUUGCUCGUUACAAAGGACUUUAUGGGGAAGGGGACUCUGUCAGUCGAGAUUAUGCUGCUGCUUCUGGUUACUACCUACAGGCUGCUUCCCUUUGGCCUUCAAGUGGCAAUCCACAUCAUCAGCUUGCAAUACUUGCAUCAUAUUCUGCUGAUGAUCUUCUGGCACUCUAUCGGUAUUUUCGGAGCUUGGCAGUGAAUAAUCCUUUCUUAACAGCAAGGGACAAUUUGAUUAUUGCAUUUGAAAAGAACCGCCAAAAUUGUUCUCAGCUCCCUGGUAGUUCCAAAGUUUCUUCUGCUAGGACAUUGCCUAGUCGAGCGACUGGGAAGGGAAGAGGACGAGGAGAUUUCAGGCCUGCAGCUAAAGAGACAAAAGUCGAAAGCACUCGAAUCAAAGAACGAGAACUUAGUACCCCUGAGGUUUUUAAAGCUUUCUUGACUCGAUUUAUUCGACUUAAUGGCAUCCUCUUCACACGAACAAGCUUGGAAACUUUUGGAGAAGUAUUUGCUCUGGUCAUCAGUGAUCUUCUUGAGCUGCUAUCUUCUGGACCUGAGGAGAAGCUAAAUUUUGGUCAAGAUGCUGCGGAAAAUGGACUGGUCAUUGUGAGGCUUAUUGCCAUUCUUAUAUUCUCAGUUCAUAAUGCGAAGAGGGAGUCUGAAGGGCAAUCAUAUGCUGAAAUUUUGCAGCGUACUGUGUUGCUUCAAAAUGCAUUUACAGCUGCCUUUGAUUUUGUGGGACAUAUCCUGAAAAGAUGCACACAAUUGCAUGAUGCUGCAUCAAGUUAUCUUUUACCAGGUAUUCUAGUUUUCAUGGAGUGGCUUGCAUGCCAUUCAGAUAUUGCAGCUGGCAUUGAUAUUGAAGAAAAGCAAGCUGCUGCAAGGUCAUUCUUUUGGGAUCAGUGUGUAUUACUGAUGAACAAACUACUGCUGAGUGGGCUUGCUGAUGGAGAUGAGGAUAAAACCUGCUUUUUGGAAAUGAGCUGGUAUGAUGAUGGGGAAAGUGGUAGUAUGCUUGCAUUGUGGGAGGACUUUGAGUUGAGAGGGUUUUCACCCUUAGCGCCAGCACAGCUCAUCUUAGACUUCUCAAGGAAGUAUUUACUUGAAAAUGAUGGGAGCAACAAGGAGAACAGUGCUCGUGUGAAAAGGAUUCUUGCAGCAGGACGGGCUCUUAUGAAUGUCGUUCGGAUUGGUCAACAAGAAAUUUAUUAUGACUCAAAACUGAAGAAAUUUGUAAUAGGUACCAAGCCUCCUGCAUAUGAAGAUUUAGAUGCAUCCAAGUUAGAUGAUUUCAAAGUAGUAGGUCCAGUUGGAAAUAUGGGAAUGAUGCAAUCAAAUACAGCUAAUCUACAAGCCAAACAAUCUUGGGGGCAGCUAUAUGCAGAUGGAGAAGAAGAAGAUGAAGUAAUUGUUUUCAAGCCUAUGGCUGUGGAAAAGUACGCCAACAUGAGUAUGUCAGAGGCAAAUGCUUUUGGAAACAUCCAGCCUGCACAGAGUUCUUCCUUAGGUGAUCAGUCAGCUUAUGGUGGUUUGCUUUCUGCUGCUUUCAGUAAUAGUCAGGUGUCAGCUGCUCUAAAUGGCAUUUCGCGACCACCCAUAACUAUGUGCAGUGUCUCUCAGCCUCCUGCUCAGCAUAUCACUCCAAGCACUUCAAAGUGGUCUACGGAGCAAGAGUCAUUUAUCAUGGGCGGGCUUAAGAAUUUGAGCAUUGCGGAAAAUGACAUAUAUGCUAAUCCAGGUUUGCUAAGUGGUCGGAGUAGUUUGCAGCCUACUUCAUUUUCCCCAUCACUUUCUGCAACUUCCAAUCUGAAUACCAGCUCUAGCAAUCAGUUAUCUGGUCAUAUAAAUGCGGGCAAAGCUGUUAUACCAGCAGAAGUUGAUUCCAUAAUUCCUUUGGAAGCAAAUUCUGAUGGUGCGGAUAUGAAAGUUGCAGCAUCUUUGCCAGCUUCGAGGAAAAUCCCUGUUAGCCGGCCGGCAAGGCACUUUGGACCACCACCUGGAUUUAGCAACCCUGCUAAGCAACUGGAGGACUCCAAUUUUAAAUUUACUAUCAAGGAAGAACAGCCUCAGAUGGAUGACUAUAGCUGGCUAGAUGGAUUUAAAACAUCAUCAAUCAGUGGUAUGGGGAUGGAAAAUUCCAUCAAUCGUGCCACGCAUAUAUAUCCGCAAGUUACUGCCAGUAAUAGUAACAGUGUUUCUGGUCCUAUUACCUUUCCUUUUCCUGGGAAACAGUUUUCUACUGUUCAGCCUGAGAUGGCAUAUGAGAAGAAGUGGCAAGAUUUCCAGCUUUUUGAGCAUUUGAAGUUGGAUGCAGAAAAGCAGCUUCCCCAAGCAAGUCAGCAGUCUGCAUUGCUACCAGAGCAGUAUCAAGCACCAUCGUUAUGGUCUAGCCAUUUCUUUGUGUGAUUCAAAAGGAUAAGUGGUUGUUGACAAUUUGUUGCGGUGAGUGGCCUCUAGCUUGAGUCUAUCAACUUGGGCAGCCACUUUUGCAGCUCUUCCAGUGGUUGGUAAAUCUCAGUGGGAACAAGGUGAUCUUGGGAGCAUAGCAGGUACCUGCUUCUGAAAUUGGGUGUGCUGAGCCUUCCAGACGUGAACAAAGAUCAUUUAGAGCAGGGAGAAAUCCUGAGCUAUAGAUGUCCCUGGUUGGUCGCUUGGUUCGGCAAUUUUAAGCAUAGCUAGAGCUUUUAACGGGAUUGGAUCCUACUAGCAUGAACCUGAGACAGCAGUUUGGGUGCUUCAUUGCUCUAUGUUACAUUUCUCUGAUCGGUCAAGCUGCUGAGAGAUUGUUAUAUCACUGCUUUUAGUAGCGAAAGUGACUGAUCAUUAUAAGUAAAGCUGCCUGUAUGGCCCGGACUGAUGUCACAGUGGUGCAGAGGAGGCUGAUGGGCGAUGGUGCCCUCCAAAUUAAAUUAGAAUGGAAACACGAAGCAUAGCUUAAUAUAUGCGUAAAGCAGUUUGUAUGCAUUUUGUUACUAGCAGUACUACUAUGAAAUAAUCGUGGAUGUGGUUUCUUAUGCGUUGAACUGAUGUGUGGUUUCUUAGGUUCUUGUGUUUCUGCCUAUUUUGGCAUAUGAGUUGGCUGUGUUAUGCCUUUCUAGGUACUGGUAUUUUAGACAACAAGCGAAUGAUAAUUUGGUUUGCUCACAAGCUUUUGGCU